UGCAUCAGCUUUGCUCGCUGGAACAUGAUGAACGACAACAGCAGCAGGGGAAGUGGAGCCGAGGCCACCCGUCCUGAUGCUCAGCCCAGUGGACCACCCCUCCUGAACAUGAACCACUAUGCCAAUAAGAAGAGUGCAGCUGAGAGCAUGUUGGAUUUGGCUCUGCUGAUGGCCAACGCCUCCCAGCUGAAAGCCGUGAUGGAGCAGGGGGCGAAAAGUUCCUUUUACACCCCCGUCGUCACCCUAAUCGCCAUAUCUCUUUGUCUGCAAGUCACGGUUGGGAUCCUGUUAAUCUUCACAGUACGAUGGAACCUCGACGAUGAGCAAAAACACUGGAGGCUCAAUUUAAUGGAGAACCUGGCCACGGGCCUAGUUUUUAUCAUCGUGGUUGUCAACAUCUUUAUCACUGCCCUGGGAGUCCAUCAACCAAACCGCAGCAGCUGACCAAGAACACAUAAGUAUGUUUGUUUGAUCACAUUAUCGUCACGUUAAACCUCUAUGGUCAUUACACCCAAACUGCCAGCAUAUUUUUGGUCUUCUGCUCCUCUGAACUAACUUCCACCAGUCUACCUGACCUAAAUACAUACCGAUCCCUCCAGACUGCUGUGGAAAUUUCCACCAACAAACUAAAACAAAAUUCUGCCGCUGGUCGUUUACCAGAAAAUCAUUGUCCUGCCCUGCUGCAAGCACAGCGAAAGAACAGCGAACCAAACAGAAACGACCAUGGUGGCAAAGGUGGGCUGGUGCAUCAACAACAUAUUUGUUGCUGGUGGACAAACAGAAGAGUGGACACAACAACAGUUAGGCACAUGUGACUGUGCUCUGUCUGUCUCCCCAGCUGUCCUGCAUUGACCCACGCAGAGCCGAUGAACCCUCUCAAACCCCCAAAAACUGAACAUAUUUCAAUUUUAAUUGAGCUUAUGGCUCAGAGCCGGAAGUGCGAUCAGUAAAAUAAAUACAUCUGUGCAGGGUGUGUCUGAUAUGCAUCAAAGUUCAGACUCACCUUCAUCAAUAUGUUGUUGUCCAACAGUUAUUGGGCCAAAAUAUUCAGUUUAAACAAAUGUUUGGCUUUACCCAGAAUCCAUCUGCUAUGAUCAAAGAUGGACUGUGUGUGUGUGGUUCUCUGGACUGGCAGCAGCUGGUGAGUCACAGUCAACACGAAUCAGACCCCAGCAGAACUGCUUGUUAAAGUGGAGGCUCUAAUUAGGUUGUUUCAUCUGUGUCAUCAACACCACAAUAAGUGACCAAGUCAGAGCCCUUUUUAUGCACUGCAGUGACUGAAACAGAGAGGAAUAAUCAAUUUUGCAUAUUUUCUACAUCAUUAUCUAAAUAAUAGUUAUUCACGGUUUUUCUUGUACGUAGCUCAUUAAUCAAAUGUCUUUCACGUUACUUAAUUUCCCUUUGGGAUCGAUAAAGUAUUUUUGGAUUGGAAUCUUUCAGCUGUUGAGUGAAAUGAUUAUGUGUUGAUGAUUUUCUUUAAGGAGCACAAGGUGGACACUUUAUAAACAGAUACAGACAUUGUUGAAUAUUUGAUUACAUGUUACACUUUAAGACAUUGUUUGGCCCAAAAAUAUACUUCUUCUAUAGGUCUGGCAGAUUAUUUGACCACAAGUCUUAUCAGACCAAAUAACGCCUGUUUAAAUUGACUGGUUUCCUAGUUUUAACACCAUAAAUUUAUUUAUGGUGUUAUUUUUCUCUUCAAACACUAAACUAUGUCCAAGUGUUAUCAUCCAUCUGUUGACUUGAGGAGAAGCUGAAAAAUUUAGAGGCAGUCCUCUGUCUUUACUAUUCCAUUUUUAUGCCAUUUUCAAUCAAUCAAUCAAUUAAUCA